GCGGGGACGAGCGCCGUGGGUGGAGGAGCCGGCGCGGCUGUCUGUAUCUCUGCGUUCGUCUGCGAUCGAGAGAGAGUGAGGGGGGUAUCCGCGAUGGGUCUGAGCCGCUGUAUCCGCCUGCUGUCUGUCGGAGCCUUGCUCCUCGUCCUGCCCCAGCGAGCUGCCCUGGUGUCCGGUCUCAGGGCUUGUACGCCGAAUGACUAUCACUUCCAGUACACGGAAUGUGACAGCACGGGCUCGCGGUGGAGGGUCGCCAUUCCCAUCGAAAGCAAGAAGUGCACGGGAUUGCCUGUGCCAAUCAAGGGCCGAGAGUGCUCUUUCUCCUGUGCAUCCGGGGAGUACUUGGAUCUGUCGAGCCAGACCUGCAAAAAAUGUUCUGCAGGCACUUACUCCCUGGGCAGUGGCAUCAGGUUUGACGAGUGGGACAACCUACCACUGGGCUUUUCCACAGUGGCGACGUUCAUGGACGACAGAGACAGCACCACCAACAAUGGAGUCAACUGUAGCUUGUCAUCGUGGAUUCCCCAAGGCAGUUACAUCGCCUCUAACCGAGACGACUGCACAGUCUCUCUCAUCUACUCAGUGCACCUGAAGAAGCCUGGGAGUGUUUCCUUUGACUAUCAGUAUGUGGACAACAGCAUCUUCUUUGAGUUUUUUGUUCAGAACGAUCAAUGCCAAGACACGGAAUCCACUGAACAGAAGUGGAUGCAUUUAACCGACAGGGAUGAAUGGAGGAGGCACUCGGUGGAUUUGAAAACAGGCACAAACGUUCUGUACUGGCGAACAACAGGAAUCCUUGUGGGUGAAAAAUUGGCCAAGCAAGUUCUUGUCAAGGACAUCUACAUUGAAGGAGUUGCCUACACUUCGGAGUGUUUCCCGUGCAAACCUGGGACCUACAGCGAUGCACCUGGCUUGUCUGUCUGCCAGCCUUGCCCUAGAAACACCUUCUCGGGAAGGGGAGCGAGCGCCUGCCAGAAAUGCAAUGAGGCGCUGCAGUUUUCAGAGGAAGGUUCAAGUAAAUGCCAGGACCGCCCACCCUGUUCAAAGAAAGACUUCUUUCAAAUCCACACUCAAUGUGACAGCGAGAGAAAGACCCAGGUGAUGUACAAGUGGAUAUCUCCGAAGCUUUGCAGAGACGACAUCCCCAAAGCGAUGAAACUCCCUCCUUCUGGACAGAAGCAGCCUUGCCCACCGUGUAACCCUGGCUUUUACAACAACGACACCUCGAGCUGCGCCCCCUGCCCCUCGGCCACCUACUCGGACGGGAUGAAUCCAUGUAAGCAGUGCCCAGCUGGGACGGAGCCCGUGCUGGGCUUUGAGUAUAAGUGGUGGAAUGUGCUGCCCUUCAAUAUGAAGACCUCGUGCUUCAACGUGGCCAAUACCAAGUGCGAUGGAAUGAAUGGGUGGGAGGUAGCUGGAGAUCACAUUCACAGCGGAAUAGGAGGCUCCGACAAUGACUACCUGAUAUUAAGUCUGCACAUCCCCGGCUUCAGCUCACCGAUAUCGACGUCUAAUUCUGCGGGGUCAGAGAUCGGGAGGAUCACCUUUGUCUUUGAGACUCAGUGUACCAAAGCUUGUGAACUCUAUUUCAUGGUGGACAUUAACAGAAGGUCCACCAAUGUGGUUGAGUCCUGGGAAGGCACCAAAGAGCGACAGUCUUACACUCACGUCGUCACUAAGAAUGCGGCUGUGACCUACACCUGGGCUUUCCAACGCACAAACACUGCACAGGAGGAACGGUUGUACCUCAAUGACUACGUGAAGAUCUACUCCAUUGUGGUGAACAAUGCAGCCAACGGAGUGGGGCUGGCCUGCAGGCCGUGUGCGCUGGGCUCGGACCAGAGCAGUUCCGCCUGCGUUCCCUGUCCUUCCGGAUAUUACAUCGACAAGAGCACAAGCAAGUGUGUGGAGUGUCCUGCUGACACCUACCUCUCGCCCCACCACGUCUACGGAGUGGAGUCCUGCAUUCCCUGUGGUCCAGGGAGCAGAAGUAACAAGGAUCACUCCAUUUGCUUCAGUGAUUGUUCCUAUGUACAUUCCUUGGAGAACCACACUUUGACAUUCAAAUUCAGCGGCCUUAGUGGCGUCUCCUCCUUAAUGAACGGACCCAGCUUUACAUCCAGAGGGACAAAGUAUUUUCACUUCUUUAACAUCAGUCUAUGUGGGAGUGAGGGAAAGAAGACUGCAAUAUGCUCGGACAACGUUACGGACGUGACUUUGCAAGAUGUACAGGGCGACUCCAGUGACUUCACCAGUGACAUCACAUCUUUUCUCUGCCAAUCAACCAUCAUCCCUUCAGAUGGGAGGAGCUUCAGAAAGGCGCUGUCAUCUCAGUCUAUAAGCUUGGGUGAUAUCUUUCUAGGAGCAAGUGUUGAAACGUCAAUGCAUAACAUUACAGCGAGGCCGGACCACUUCUCCCCUCCUCCAACCAACGUACCAGACAUCCACUUCUUCUAUGUGUCAUCGAUGUCGACCGCUUCUUGUGAAAGUGAGCGUGGGGCGGUGGUAACCAUGAGGUGCAAUCCAGCAGAAGUUGGGCGUGGAGAAAUCUCUGUACCGAGUGAUUGUCCUGGAGGGACGUGUGACGGAUGCACUUUCCACUUCCUGUGGCAGAGUGCUGAGGCUUGCCCCCUGUGUACGAGCAACGACUACCAUGAGAUUGAAGGAGCCUGCCGAAGUGGAGUUCAGGAAACGACGUAUGUCUGGAAGGAGCCAAAAGUGUGUAACAAAGGGGAGACGCUGCCCGAGAAAAGCACAGCCAACUGCGAGAUGAUAGACUUCUGGCUGAAGGUGGUCGUAGGAAUUGGUGCCUUCACCGCAGUCCUGCUUGUAAUCUUAACUUGCUACUUCUGGAAGAAGAACAAGAAACUGGAGUACAAGUAUUCCAAGUUGGUGAUGAAUGCAAACUCAAGGGAAGGGGAGCUCCCAGCCGCUGACAGCUGUGCUAUAAUGGAAGGUGAAGACAAUGAAGAGGACGUGGUCUAUUCCAAUAAACCUUCAUUGCUCGGGAAGCUGAAGUCAUUAGCUUCGAAGGAUAAAGGGGAUAUUUUUGAGUCUGUUCAACUCAAGCCCCCAAGAUCUCAUAAUAUAUGAAGAUUAAAGAUUGUUUCAGAAACGGCAGUGGCGUGUGGAAGCAUACGUCAAGCACAAAUGACGUGGAUGACAAGACUUCUUAAACAUUACUGUCGCUGGAACACCUCUCAAAAGAACCAUUUGCAGACAGAUCCUGUUUGAUUGCCUUAUUGUGCUAGAUGGAAGGGGGUCUUGGACCAGAGUUGCCAACAUGGUCAAUGCCUCUGGUUGCCAAACUGACAACAUAUAUCUCAGGAAGAGCUUACAAUCAUUCUUAGUAAUUGUUAAUUGGAUAUUUGUGUUUACCUUUUCAUUGUGAUUUCUGUAAUUUUCAAGGUUAUUCUGUUUUAUGCUCCUUUUGCAGUUAACUGCAAUAUUCCACAUUGAAAAGAAAUUAAAAACUGCAAUUAUAAAUCCUGUUGUUCAAAAUUCCCCGUCUUUAAUUAUAUUUAUGCAGUGCAGAACAGCAAAUGAACUGCGAUCUCAUUAAUAUUAAUUAUAUUGUUUACAUCACUGAACCAAGUGUAUGUUUUUAAUAUACAGCCCCUUCCUUCCAGAAUGAAGAUAAUGGUUUAUUAACGGAGCACUCUGCACUGGAAAGGUGGUACUAUGUGUUUUCAAAGCUAUUGUUUUGUAGCUCAUUUUAAAACUUGGGUGUUUGUUACAAGUUAUGACUGGUGUGUGUUUCUGUCUAACCGUGCUCUCCCUGCUUCUCGUUCAGUUACCCUUGCCAUUUGAGUGAUUUUUUUUCUUUAAGUAAGUUUUUAUGCUUUGCAAUUCUGCUUUUCCCCCCUGCCCCAAUUUCACCACCAAAGGCAAAUGAGACCUGUUUACAUUUUUAAAACAAAUUUGGAUCAUGUGCCAUGAAAUUUUAAAUUGAAAAGCAAAAAAAAAGACUUGGAGAUGCAGGAAGUCUGAAACCAAAACAGAAAACGUUUUGAUAUGCGGCAGAAACGAGAGGAAAACUGCAGAUGCUGGAAAUCUGAGCAACACACGCAAGCUGCUGGUGGAACUCAGCAGGCCAGGUAGCAUCUGUGGAAUGGGUACCGUCGAUGUUUCGGGCCGAAGGAUGCACAGCAGGUCAGGCGGUUUCUGAGAAGUGAAUAAAAGUUAAUGGCGUAAGUUGGUGACCUUGAUGAAAAGUCAUCAAGCUGGAAUGUCAAUUCUGAUGAAAAAUCAUACUCUCUUUCUCCCUUCAUGGAUCUACCUGAUCCUCUUGAGUAUUUUGAAUUUUCUGUUUAUGUUUCAGAAAUGUUAAAAAGCUAUUUUGAUGGCAUCAACACCAAAAUAUUGUUACUCAUUUUCAAUUCAUAGAACCAUAGAAAACCUACAGCACAAUACAGGCCCUUUGGUCCACAAAGCUGUGCCAAACAUGUCUCUACCUUAGGAAUUACCUAGGGUUACCCAUAGCCCUCUAUUCAAUGAAAGAAAAAUAAUAUUAAGAAAUGGGCUUAUUGAAAAGUUAUAGCAGGUGAAAUAACUGGCAAUGAUUCCUUAGAAUUCUUAUGGAGGAGCACAAAAUAAUAUCCAUAAAGUUUUGAGAGAAAUCUGAGAGAGAAAAAUGAAGCCUCACUGUGGUUGUUAAAUUAAAUGCUACAUUUCACUAUGUUUUGAUAUACAUGUGAUAAAUGUAUCUGACUCUGAAUAUGAAAUUUUGGAAGCUAGUGAACUAUUUUCAUGCUGAGUACUGCUGUAAUUGUGAUCAUGAUUAGAAAUCUUUAAGUGUCAUAACAAUACUUCUAACCCCUCCCCCCCAGUUUGGUCAAAGGCCCCUGUGAUAAGCAUUAACUCUCCUGCAGAACUAUCCCAAAGAAGGGUCUCAGCCUGAAACUGUUUAUCCAUUUCCAUAGAUGCUACCUGACCUGCUGAGUUCGUCCAACAUUUUGUGUGUGUUGCUUUCGAUUUCCAGCAUCUGCAGAGUUCCUUGUGUUUAGCAUUAGAUAUGUUUCUCUGCUUUGAGCAAAGUAUCCACGCAAAUUAAUGCAAACAGGGAAAAAUCAUUUUGUGAGACACAGACAUCAUCCUUUAUGUCGUUUAACUGCGGGAGCUGCCCGAUGAGUGAACUUGCUAGGGGCUUUCUUUACAUAGUCAUACCACUAAUGGCCACCGGGAGGCAACAAUGCGCUUUAAAUCCAUUUCCUACACCAGACCCUUGAAUGUUUCAGUGAAUGAAACACCCUGAUGUGGCGAGGUCCAUGUGGUGGCUGUUUGCCUCCCCACAUUAAACAAAAGCACGCACAAGCGUUCUCCAUGAAAGGGGAAAAAAAACCCUUGGUACAUGAAUCCCAACCUUUUUUAUGCCAUGGACCCCGAGGGGUCCGUGUACCCCAGCUUGGGGACCCCGCCUUGGGAGAACAUCAUAUGUGACUUGAGUGAUUGCAUUACUACUAUUAUGAAAAAUAUAUUCCUUUAGAACUGAAUGUGGCAAAUUAUAUUUGUUAGAUCUGUAUUUCAGUAGACCUCUGCUGAUGGACUGCAUAGCUUUCACAACAGACUAUAUCUGAUGGCAUGAAUAUUGAUUUCUUCUCCUGGUGAACAACACCCCCCUCACCACUUCUUCAUUUUCCUAUUCUGUGAUCUUUCAUUUCAUCUCACCUGCCUAUUACUUCCCCCGGGUCCCCUUCUCCUAUUGUCCACUCUCCUGUCAGAUUCUUUCUUCUUCAGCCUUUGACCUUUCUCACCCACCAGCUAACCUCUUGCCCCUCCCUCUGCCUUUCUAUUCUGCAUCUUCCCCCUUCCUUCUCAGUCCUGAAGAAGGGUCUUGGCCUGAAACGUCAACUUUACUCUUUUUCAUAGAUGCUGCCUAACCGGCUGAGUUCCUUCGACAUUUUGAGUGCAUUGCUUCAGAUUUCCAGCAUCUGCAGACUUUCUUGUGUUUGUGCGUGACUUUAUAUGAGUGGCUAGCUCUUAAGGAACUUACUUUAUUUAUAUAGAGAUAAUUUGACAGACCAAAAUAUUCCUAUUUGCUCAUUUUGAUAAUCUUCAAUUCUGACAAUAUUAUCUGUUUACAUUAUGAAUGAAAUGGUGGUUUGAUAUUUUAAAACUGUGAAAUAGUUUUGCACAAUUUCAAUAUGGAACGUACAGGUGGGUUACUGAUAAAAGAAUACUGAGGAUUUCUGUAUAUUUAAGGUACAGUGUUGCAGUGAAGAUUAAAAUUUUGAAAAUGGACUUAAUUUUGGGGUGUAUCGGUUCUAGACUGUAACGAUUCUUGGCCCAUCAAGGGGAAUGUAUUUUUGACAUAAUGCUGUAUAAACCAAUGAGUUGUAGAAUGAGACAGGAAUAAAUAAUCUGGAUGAAAUGUUGAGUGUGAUUUGGGGAAGCACAGAACUAUGGUAACGUUUGUCACAAGCUGGAAGUGAAGAAUGAGGUAUUGAAUGCACGAUUCAUGUAAGCUUUCUGUCUGACUGGCAGAGAGAGCCCUUCAGUGCCAAUAUUAAUUUACUUAACACACACCCACAAACUUAAUUAGACAGGGGAGAGGUUGAGUUGCCACUUAGAGAACAAUUUGAAAAUCUGACAUCCAUCACGUCAAGUGUAGUCGUUGUGAGAAAUUAGCCUCAGUGGCCACUUUAUUAGGUAUCGGAGUGGAACCUGGUGUGAGCUUCUGCUGUUGUGGCCCAUCCACUUCAAGGUUUGACAUGUUAUGCAUUCAGAGAUGCUCUUCUGUACACCACUGUUGUAACAUGUGGUUAUUUGAGUCACUGUAGCCUUCCUGUCAGCUUGAACCAGCCUGGCCAUUCUCCUCUGACCCCUCUCAUUAACAAGGCAUUUUCGCCCACAGAACUGACACUCUCUGGAUGUUUUUUUUUUGUUUUCCUCAACACUCUCUGUAAACUCUAGAGAAUGUAGUACUUGAAAAUCUCAGAUCAGCAGUUUCUGAGAUACUCAAACCACCCCAUCUGACACCAACAAUCAGUUCACAGUUAAGGUUGCUUAGACCACAUUUCUUCCCCAUUCUGGUGUUAGGUCUGAAGACGACAGAGCCUCUUGACCAUGUCUGCAUGCUUUUAUACACUGAGUUUCUGUCACCUGAUUGGCUGAUUAGAUAUUUGCUUUAACGAGCAGGUGUACAGGUGUACCUACUGAAUGUAUUUACCUUGGCCUUGUGUUUAUUUCUAAAUAAGUUUACUCAUCACUGUACCAAUUUAUAAACAUAAAUAUGUUGCUUUAAAAAUAUUUCCUGAUAGAUUUAAGUGGUAACUUGAAGUUUGAUUAAUACAGCGUGAAGAGAAUUUAUUGAAGAAAUACAAACAUUUUAAAAUCAGAAGAUUUGUCUGACUUUGACUUCUACAAAAUGAUAUUUUUAAUGGUUUAUUGGACUGAGGUUGCCUGGAGGCAUUUAAGUAUUAAUGCUAUCUUGGAAUCUGUGAAUUUGAAGUAAGUAGUUAACUAGAACAUAGACCAUUACAGCACAGUAGAGGCCCUUUAGCCUGCGAUGUUGUGUUGACCUUUAACCUACUCUGAGAUCAAUCUACCCCUUCCCUCCCACAGAACCCUCCUUUUUUCCUUCGUCCAUGUGCCUAUCUAAGAGUCUCUUGAAUGUCCCUCUACCACCACCCCUGACAGGGCAUUCCACAUACCCACCGCUCUUUGUGUAAAGAAUCUCCCUUUGACAUCCCCUACCCCUAAUUUCUUUCAUUCACUGUAAAGUUAUGGCCCCUCGUAUUAGCCAUUUCUGCACUGGGAAAAAGAUUAUAUUGUUGAGUUUCCCUGAUUCGUUCUCAGUUGAAUCUAUUGAAUGAAUGAAUGAAACAGUAGAGCCCGGUCCGUGGUUUAAUUCAUCUUUGGGGGGUGACGCUGCUUUUGUGGGUGCUACCACCAUGACUGAGUUUUCCUUAAAUUUAAAUGUGUUGUGUUUGUAUUUAAAUUCUGUAUUGGUUAUUCCAAUAUUGGUAGAAACAUGACUCUAAAGAUAUUGUGGAAAAUCUACCAACCCCCGAAGGACUGGGUAAGAGCACAUCAUUCUGAUUUAUGGGACUAUUUGCUGGUUUAGAUUGAAUCACAUCUUUAUCUUUCCAAUUGCAUUAAUUUAUUACACAAAGGAAAGUAUUUUAGCCAUCUCUAGAUGUCCAGCCCCUGUAGGUAUAGCGGUCUGCAAAAAUUAAACUUCUUGAUAUGUUGUGGAUUUCAAUUUUCCAGAGUUUGUCCAACGUGUAUAUAUUUUGUACUUGUGUCUGAGGUUUGAUUUCUUCUAAGUUGUAUAAUUAUCAUUAACCAAAUAGUGCUGGUCUUUUGUGGCAACUUUCUUAAAUAAACAUGAGCAAUUUUGGGAA